AUGGCGGCGGCCGCGGCGAUGCCGGAGAUCCCGUUAACGCGCGUCGUGUCCGUGACCAGCGCUGACCCGCGUCACCCGGCCGAGAAUCUGCUGCGGCCCAAUGAUGGCGGACGCUGGCGGGGGGCGGCGGCGGGGGAGAAGCAGCUGAGCGUGGUGCUGGAGCUGGGAGAAUCCCGGCCCAUCCACUCGCUGCACAUCGGCAACGACGGCGCCGCUUUCGUGGAGGUCCUGGUGGGCUCCUCAGCCGGGGGAGAGUUCCAGGUGUUGUUGCCCAGCGCUGCCCUGAUGUCACCCAGCGAGAGCCGGGCCGGGGUGGAGCCACGCAGGGUCCGGCUCUUCGGCCCCGACUCGUUGGUCAAGGGUCCAGCUCAGGCCACUUGGGACAGGCUGCGUGUGGUGUUGAGCCAGCCUUACUGCCAGAGCCGCAGCUACGGUCUGUCCUUCAUCCGGGUGUUUGCUGCUCCCAAAGAGGACGAGGCCCCACCUGAGGCGCCGCUUCGCCGCCUGGGUCCCUUCACUCUGCGGGAGGAGGGGGAGGGGAGCCCCCGACGCCCCCCCGGCUCCCUCUUCUACCAACGCCCCUCCCCCACCCCAGCCCCCCCCCAGGACCCCCCCGGUCCCAGCUACGCCGUGGCAGCGCUGCAGGGGACAGGUGAGGUCAGCAAGCAACCCCCAAAACGUCACCUCCCACCCCGGAAAACCAACGGGACCCCCCAAAAAAAACCCCAAAAUUCCGGCUCCACCUCCUCUCCUCCAUCCAAGACCCCCCAAAAUCCCGGGGCUGCCCAGGUGUUGGGGGGGGUGGUGCUGGUGCUGAGCGGGUUCCAGAACCCUCUGCGGGCUCACCUGAGGGCGGCGGCCGUGGCGCUGGGGGCGCAGUACCGGCCCGACUGGACCGAGGACAGCACUCACCUGGUGUGUGCCUUCGCCAGGACGCCGAAAGCCGCGAGGGCGAGGCAGCUCGGGGGAGUGGUGGUGUCACCUGGAUGGGUUUGGGAGUGCCAGAGGUUGCAGAAAAGGGUUUCGUGUGGGCCGUACCUCCUGGAUGGCUCCGCCUCCUCCAGCAGCGAGGGGGAGGGGCCUGAGGAUGCCCCACCCCCUUCACGCCCCUCCCCCGUCAAGGUGGGGAAAAGGGCGGGGCCAACUCACCUGGACACACCCGAGACCCCUCCCCCCACGGUGCCGGCCACACCCCCCGAGUCAGGUGACAGCGACGGCCAAUCAGAGGACACCGACCCCUACGGAGGCUCCACCGAGGAGAACAGCGAGGACGAGGAGGGGGAGGGCGAGCCCAUCCCCCCCCUGCCAGAUUUUUUUGAGGACAAAACUUUCUUUUUCCACGGAGAAUUCCCGGCGGGGCUGGAGCGGCGCCUGCUGCGCUACGUGGUGGCGUUCGGGGGGACCCUGGCCCCGUACAUGGACGACUCGGUGACCCACGUGGUGACAGCGCAGGACUGGGACCCCGCCUUCGAGGAGGCCCUGGAGCUCCGCCCCUCUCUGACCUUCGUGCGUCCCCAUUGGCUGCUGCUGUGCGGGGAGCGCCAGCGCCCCCUGCCGGCCCAGCCCUACGCAGUCACCCCCCGUGCGUGACGUCAUCGGUGACGUCAUCACCUGCGACACCCCCCCCCCCCACCCC